UCCUGGUGAUGUUCUCCCGCAGUCUGAUCAGAUCUAUUGAUUACCAUGUCACUGUGUGUGUUUCAGAGUCUUCCUCAGAGUUUGUGGAGCAGCUGGGACCCGUUGGCCUCCCACAUGACAUCAACGUCCAAUCACUGUUCGACCCCACAGGUCAGUGCUGUGCUCACCUGCAGUGUGCCGCCUGGUCAGAGGGGGUGUGUCGAGGCGAGGGCCAAUCGCUGCUCUACGUGGACAAAGCCAUCGACUCGGGGAGCACACAGGUGUGUAUGUUCUGCCGUCGGCUCGGAGCGUCGCUGCGUUGCCAGGAGACAAGCUGUGGGCGGAACUUCCACUUCCCCUGUGCUGCUGCUGCUGGAGUUCAUCACGACUGGACCCACAGACACACACUGUGUAAAAGACACACACACUCAGUGACAUCACAGUGUGUGUUGUGUUCGAGUGGUGAUGACAUCAGCGGUCUGUUGAUGUGUUGUUGCUGUGGGAACUGUUACCAUGGCAGCUGCCUGGACCCUCCUCUGGCCCCUUCCCCCCUAUGCCGGGCCGGCUGGCAGUGUCCUCAGUGUCGAGUGUGUCAGAGCUGCAGGGUGCGAGGGGAUGACAGUGUGUUGCUGGUGUGUGAGCGCUGUGAUAAAGUCUACCACACACACUGUCUCACACCUCCUCUGGAUCUCACUCGGAGCCCUGGCUGGAGAUGCAAGAACUGCAGAAUCUGCCGUCUCUGUGGUGUGAGGUCAUCAGGCCAGUGGGCCAAUCACCCGUUUCUGUGUGAGUCAUGUGACCUGGCCCUGCCCUGCCCAUUCUGUGACCACGCCCCCGACCUCUGCACACCACAGGACUAUGUGACCUGUUCCUGCUGCUACAGGUGUGUCCAUACAGAGUGCAUCGUCCAGGCUGGGGAGGGCAGGGCGCAGUCUGAAGAUUACAUCUGCACCGCCUGCAGGCCUCAAGAAGAAGCACCAAACCCACACCCUCUAGUCCCAUUCAGUCCCACUCUGGCCCCGCCCCUCAGUCCCACAGAGGCAUUACCUAUUAAUAUUACCCAGCCACCAAUUCCAACUCACACAGAAGCUCUGCCCAUCAGUCUUACCGCUCAUAACCCAGUCCAGCUCAUGAGCUUAGACCCACCACAGAGUCCUACCAAAAUCCUUUGUACACCAUCGCAGCAAAGUCUUACACCAUCCCACCCUGAACCCACAGAGCUCCAACAUAGUCUUACACCAUCCCACCCUGAACCCACAGAGCUCCAACAGAGUCCAGCACCAUCUCCCUCUGAACCCACAGAGCUCCAAGAGAGUCCUGCGCCAUCUCCCGCUGAGCCCACAGAGCUCCAACAGAGUCCUGCGCCAUCUCCCUCUGAGCCCACAGAGCUCCAACAGAGUUCUGCACCAUCUCCCUCUGAACCCACAGAGCUCCAACAGAGUCCUGCACCAUCCCACCCUGAACCCACAGAGCUCCAACAGAGUCCUGCAUCAUCUCCCUCUGGACUCGCAGAGCUCCACCAGAGUCCGGCACCGUCUCCCCCUGGACUCGCAGAGCUCCACCAGAGUCCGGCACCGUCUCCCCCUGGACUCGCAGAGCUCCACCAGAGUCCGGCACCGUCUCCCCCUGGACUCGCAGAGCUCCACCAGAGUCCGGCACCGUCUCCCCCUGGACUCGCAGAGCUCCACCGG